UUUUGUAUAGAUCGACAGUAUAUUUGACCAACAAGGAAGUAUUUAAGGAAGUUAAAUUUAACACGUUUUUACGAAAACUGCGUUUUUUAAAAAAACAUAGCACAUUGGAAUGUCAGUAGUGUAUAAACAAAUACUGUUCUCAGCAGAAUGGAACUUAAAUCCUAGUGAUAGAGUUGUGAUAACAUAUGAUGGGCGAGUGUAUAGAAAUAUAGAAGGAAAUGGAUGUUUCUGGUCAAAUGCCAGUUUGGGUUUGUUCGUUCUAAACACAUUAAAGAAAUGUUCACAUCUCAGUUUAAGCUAGGUGAACUAUUUUUAAAGAAAGAUAUUGCACAAAUGGAACCGCAGUUUGAUUGUGAAAUUGGAAUAAAGGCAUCGGAUGACACGGAAAAUUGUUGGAUUUAUGCCUGUGCUCUUAUUUCGUUCAAUCGGAUAAUAUUAGCAGAUGGUAGAAACAAAUGCUUGAAAAUGGUUGAUAUUGAAAACAGAAAUAUUGCAGAAAAAUACAAACUUAAAAGCAGACCGAGUGGACUGGCAGUUAUAACUAUGGAUCGUAUUGCUGUUACACUUCCUGCAGAAAGUAAAGUACAGUUUCUGACUUUAACGCAGUGUGAGAAAAUAACUGAAAGUAACGCCAUUGAUGUGAUUGGCCCGUGUAAAAACAUUGCUUGCAAGGAAAAUAUGAUAAUGGUUUUAUAUCCUGAUCAUGUUGUUAUUCUGAAUUUGGAUGGGGAAGAGAUAAAAACUAUAUCCCAUUCGAAUAUGGAAUUUCUUGUGGGUAUCGCUCUUGACUCUAAAUAUUUUUAUGUUUCUAAUAGUUCGCUUAGAAAAAGUGUUUUAAAAUUUGAUAUUGAAGGCAAGCUUAUUGCAAUAUACAAGGAUAAGGAUCUCUCAGAUGUUAGAGGACUCUAUGUAACAAGAGAUGGCACAGUUCUUGUAUGUAACUGGGAGGAUGAUGGAAGUAUUCAUAUGAUAUCACCAGAGUGCAAAAUGAUCAAGGAAAUUUUGAAGCAAAAUGAUCAUGUUAGAUAUCCAUGGUGCAUCUCGUUCUGCAAUGAAACAAACAGACUUUUUAUUUGUUACAAUGAAAUAAAACUUGAUCCUAAACUAAAGAAUGUGAUGCACAUACAUCAAUUCAAAUAGUACAAAAAUUGAUUAUAUUUGAAGUGGAAUUUUGAUUUUCAGCUGAAACCAUCACAAAAUAUGAAAAGAUAGAUCUUCAAUGAUACUCCAUUAAAAGAUUUUGACUGAUACAUAUUUUAUUUAAAGUGACACGCCUAUAGAUGAACAUUAAAAUUUUAUUUUUAAAGCAAGUUGCAAUUGAUAUUAUAUAUCGAAAAUGAUAAAUCAUUAAGUAGUUGUUUUAAUGUGUAUUGUACAAGAAACAGAUGAAUUCCUUCAAUUUUGCAUCAAAUUCAAUAGCGUGACUAACACUUUUAAGACCCUUUUAUAUUUUUCAUAGUAAGAUUGUUUUUAUCAAUAAGACUUUUUAAAAUGCACCGAAUCGUUUGAUAUUUUUUGGUAAUGCGAUUAUUCAUUACUGAGAGCGUUUUCAAAAUUUCGGAAAUUUAACAUAAAUUUUGAGGCAUGUAACUUGUAUAAACAUACAUGUAGUUAUUUGUCUCUGAACGAAAAUCGUUUUGCCUGCAUACGACGAUUCUGUUAGGCUAUGUUUGAUUAAUUGUUUCAAAAACAAUUAUCUAAUAUAAAAAACAAAGUAAAAAGAUAAGCCAUUUAUUACUGUUGUCUGGUAUGUUUUAGAACAAUAUUAACUGCAUUAAUUAAUGAUUUGCUCUAUUUUAUUGUUGUAUCAUGCAUUUUUUUACUUAAACUUUGUUAAAACAUCCAAGAAAAGUGAAAACUAUUUCAAAAGCGUUUGUGAUACUCUAUGCCCUUUGACACAUGUGCAGGUCGUGUUGUAACUCAUGUAACUACAGUCUGUGAAACGCGUAUUCUUGAUGAAGUAUAUUUGGAUACGCACCAGUUCGAUCGUUUGUUUGAUUACCAAAUAUCCAUAAAAGUUGUGAAACCAUAAAUGAUCAUAAAUGUACCAAGAUUUUUAAUUAUGAAAAGUUGUUUUACUUCAGUUGCAAAACGCUUUCGUAUGUGAUAUCGAUGUGAUUGAAAACUUUGACGUAUUGAUUUCACACGAGGUUUCCUAUAUCGCAGUCUACCCGGCAUACUGUCGGUGUCUUCACCUGACCGAAAAUCGGCAUAACGACGCUGAAAUAGCAAAAUUUUAGAAAAUGCCUAUGUUGGUAAUUAAUUACUAACGAUAACGGUUAAUAUUUUUGUUGGAAAUGAUGUAUUUUUACAGAAUAUGUGUAAACAUUUUCAACUAAGUAACUUUAUUAAGGGAUUAGAUCCAAACUUCGUAUUUAAAAACAUGAACAAUUACUUGAUAUAUUUAAUGUAGACGUAAAAGUAACACGUUUAUGUGUACUAACUACUACAUGUAUGUGUACUAUGUAUUAAGUUUAAAAUAGUACUCACAGUGUACACAUAUGGAUAAUUAUUAUUCAACUUUACAAUAUUACACACUGUAUUAGACCAAUUGCGAACAUCAUAUGAAACAGACAGAGCUAAUACAAAACAUAACUGAGCCAAUAUGAGAAAAACAGGGCCAAUACGGAAUUCAAGCAUUUUGAUUGGUUCAAAAGAGAGGGCCAAUAUGGAGAAGUCACUUCCGUUAGAUUUUUAAAUGACGCCAUUUUGUUUUACAUCAGAGUUAUAGAUAACAUUUUUUCUUUCACAUUUUGACAAAAAAUCAUCUAACAUGUUCAUGUAAUAACCAAGUAUAACUGAGCGGGGUGUACGUCUUCUAGAUUACAACGAUACUUCCUCUUAUUCGGUACUGUGUAAAAUGCAAGUGUUUCCUGUCAGAAAUUCUGGCAGUUGUCAAUGAAAAUAAUGAGAAAACACGGAAACUCAGAGUAAUUAAAAGGAUGAGACUUAUCUUUAACAGACAUUUUGAUAGUAUGGACUAUUUGUGCAAUGAUAAAUAGCGAUUCAAAUGCUGGAAAAUGGAUAAAUAAUUUGGCGAACAAGAGUGUCAGUUGUCAACUGCAAACAAUUUCGGAUAAGAAUUAAACGAGGCAUGGGAGUGUAUAAUGUGUGCUUGGUUGGUUGUAUUAUCUUGAUCAACACAUAUGUGUACAAUUUUGUGUCUCGUUGCCUGCAGCAUAAAAUGAAAUGACUUUUAAAGCAGUUUUAUCACAGUUCAAAUGAUAAGAUAACUCACUAAAGAAAAUAAAUAGGAAUUCAAAAAAUAAGGUAAGUUCUAGUUACUCUUGAUUAUGUCACAUCAAAAAUAUCGCUCAAAAUUAUUCUCAAGUACCUACAUACAUGAUACAACUCAUUCUGUUUUACCGGCUAAAAUGAUUAUGAUAUCUAAAAUAAGUCUAAACAACCUGUCAAGAUUUUUCACCUGAACGCGCAUAGCUGCCAUAACGUAACUCACUGAGUUUUUGUACUGUUACCGCAUAACAGUCGAAAAUUGAAUAAUAAUAUUAUCAUUAAUCAAGCGAUUUCAUAUUGGCCUAGUUAUUUGUCCUCGGGCAGUCGUAUUGACCCUCGGCCUACGGCCUCGGGCCAAUACGACAACCCUUGGACAAAUAACAAGGCCAAUAUGAAAUUGCUUGAUUAAUAACAUUUUAAUACAGUAUAUAUAUAUAUGUUCUACUACUUGUACUACUAAUAUAAUAUCGGCUGUUGUACAACUGUUGAUUAUGAAUGUAUCUCCCUAUCAAACCUAAUUUAUAUAUUUAGUAAAGUUAAAUGCAUAUGAUCAGGACUUGGCACAUUUGAUGUAAAUACCUAAGAAAAAAUAUUUUAGUGAAAGACGGCCAUUGGAUAUCUUUUAAACAUCUCAUGGGAAUGUUUUUUAUGAGCUGUUUUGAUGUAAGGUUGUCAUAAAUUUGGAUAGGAUGUCUAUGCUAUAUAUGAAUAAAGCAAAAUCCAACAAUUCGUGUUUUGCUAAUUCGGUGAAUAAUACCAUUUAUUGCCAAAAAAUAAAAUAAACAGAAACAAAAGCUUUUUGUUUAUUUUCACUAUACCACAUACAUGGUUUUACAGCCAUUAAAGUCACACGCCAUUAAAAGCAGUUUAAGAAGGAAACCACAUAUGGGCAAAUAUAGUCAUUUAACAAAACACUUCACUAUAUGAAAAAUCAUCGUUGGAUACCCACUGAUGCCUUAUUACGCAACAGGUUAUUUUAUAAUAGUGGUAAAAAUAGUGUUAUGGGAAGACGACUUUUUGACAGUAUACCGUAUACAAAAGUUAAUGUCUUAAACUAAGAUACGGAAAAAGAAAAGAAAUAUCUGGUUGCUUUGGCAACUGAAUGAAAAAAAAACUAUAAAAUCUUAUGCUCUCCAACCAUUGCUCAGCAUUCAAAAUAAUUUCAAAGCGCUAUAAACAUGUAACUGAGCAGACGAGAUUUUCCAACAGAACUGUAAACAUGCUUUUACAGUCAUCCUCUUAGAAAGCAGUUAUUAGUAUGACAUUGUGAAGAGCUAUAGGUUGCGCGAUCCAUUUCAAAACAUCGGUUAUCAAAAAAGGUGGCCAGUUUUGCGUAAGUCUUGUUUAAUCUUUACCAACCAAGUAACUUACAUCCAUUUUAUGCAGUUUGACACAAUAUAAUGUGCUUUACCAGUAUUAUUUUAUUUUAUUGAGGUUGAAAAUAUCACAUUCUUAUGUUAUUGUUUUUUGAUGCCUCUGUUUAAUUUCUGUUAUUCGGUAAAGUCUGCAACUCAUUGUUAAUAAAAAGCAAAACUGAAACAAUAGCUUAUUUUUCCAUCAGUCAUUUAAGUAUGGUGGCAUAUUUAGGACAUAACAGUUUAUUUCCAUGGAAAAAGCACCAAAGCAUCAUAACGAAAUUUUAAAAGUUUUGUUGUUUUCGCCAGUAUAAACUUCCUGUUAAACACGCGCUAGCACGAAAUAAGAUGUUUUGUCCUCUCACGUUCCAAGUUCCGUCUUGGCUCGUUGUAAGUUUCACUUUAUUGUCCUAGCGCUAGCGUCAAGACAACAUAACGAAACUUCCAAUUUUUUGGUGCGUUGGCCCGCAAACCAUGACGACAAAACGAAAUGUGUUACAUAAGCAUCGCACACGCUUACAAGACGUAAUGAAAUAUCCUAACUUAGCCUCCAUAUUAAAUUUGAAAAAUCCCAACCAUUGUUAAUAUGAAAGUACAAUAUCAUUUUAGCUAAGCGUAAAGAUGACAUAAGAAAACAACGUUUUCACAGCAUUUGGAUUUUUUAUUUUUCUCAGUAUUCCUUUGAUCUUGCUGGUAAAAGGACGCUUAUGAUACUGAAACUCAAAGUCGACUUUAACUCAGUUUAACUGGAUAUUGAUUGAAAAUUGAUACGAAUCAAAAACGGGUUUCCUCGAAAUUUUGAAACAGAAACUAAGGAAGUAUUAAUAUGAAUACCCAUUUUCAAAAAAAUGUUAUUUCGUUUUGAUUAGCGAUAUCAAAUUUAAAAGCAAAUAUCAAUAAUAUUCUUUUAAAAGGAAUAUAUUUAAGAUAAAAUAUGCGAUCUUUACUGAGGUGUUCAAUGUGAACUAAGGAAUCUUGUAUUUUCUAGAAAAAAAUGAAAGCUAUACAUCUUUUAAUUUCAUUACUUUUGAUCGUGAUGGCAGUUUUGAUUGGCUUAGUGUUAUUGAUUGGAUACAUUCUUUACCAAGAAGUAUUGUCAGGUUAUCCAGAAACGUUAGUGGAAUUCACUGUUCCAUGUAAAGAUCUAUCUCUAAGUCCUGAUGAAGACUCUGAUAUUUUCAAUGUAAUGCAAAGUGAACUAAAUAUAUUUAUCAGCGGCGACGGACAGUACAUUUGUAGCGAUACGAACUUUACAAACUUAGUUUAUUUGGUUUAUGAACGACAGUCAAGAUUACGUUUUGCAAAAGGAUUGGACGGACCUCAAUCUCUUUCCUGUGGAAACGAAAGCUUGGCAGCAAAACCUGGACAUUUGUUAGUUGCUUUUUCGAAAAUAUCCCGGCAUCAAAAGUUUUCAGACGACGAUUCAGACGCUAUUCUUCAUUGGGACAAGCAUUCAAGAAAUUACGUUAUAGAUCCAUAAUAAUGGCGAGAUAAGUAUCGCAGAAGGCAGGACUUACUAUAUUUAUGUCUCAGUACAUUUCAACAUAAGUGAACAUGAGCACGAAAGGGUUACACAUUUCCACAAACUACAACAAGUUUUAGUACGGAUUUGCAGACGGGCAUAUGGGCAUGAGCAGACGCUCUUAGGGAGAAGGAAGUUGUUCAACAUUAGCAACGCCAAUGCGGUGUCGAGUUUAAGAAUCGGAAGUCAUUUGACACUGUCAAGAAAUGAUACUAUAUACGUUAAAGUAUCGAACGUAAAUCGACUAAUGCGCGACUCAGAAGGAAAUACUUUUGGACUUUUUCCUACAUAAUCAGGUUUGAUAGAAAGAGUGGAUUAGGAAAAGGGUCACUUUUACACUAGUUUGUGCUUGUCUAAGCUAGUUUUGUUAGUAUUGGGAAUAAAUUGCGUGAAAGAGUUUUAAGGCAUGAUACCUGGUGUUCCUUGUACCAACUUAUUAUAUGAAUUCAACUGGCAAUUUCCUGUAUGAAUGACUACUAUCCUAUUUUCUUCCUCCGAAGGUAAAAGGUUGCUUCGCUUGGAGUCUGAGCUUGAGACCUCUAAAUGUGUUACCUUGUGCUAUCUUUACAACAUUACAUUGAAAUGCUAUGAAUAAAUUGCACGGCGUUGCUAUUACGAUUGAAUGAUAUAGUCCAAAGCUUGCGCAUGAUGACUCGGCAUUCAAUGUGAUGUGAAAACGUCUAAAGAUGCCAGUAUUAACUUUCAAAAGGCAGUUUUAGUGCAUUUAAAUGUCAGCUAUCAGGUUUUUGAAAAAAAAUUGAGUAAACUUGAUAUUUUACUAACUUGAUUUUGGUGCUUGCUAUCUCAGCAUCAUCUAUCGACAAAGACGCGCUACAGACAAUCAGAAAACAGACUGCGGUUAAUCUUUGCUGAUAAUGGCUCACAAAGCAUGAAUGUAAAAGUCAUAGAAUAAAACAUAUAUUAAAAGCUUUAA